AUGGUGAAGUUUAGGGGAGACCGGAAAAGCUGGCGUGCCUAUAGUCACCUAGGGGCUCUCUUUGGAAUACCACAACUCUAUGACCGUGAAGGGAAUCGUCUGGACAGCUAUACAACAGACCUUCCUCCUAAGGAAGAGCACCAAAGCACCCUCCCAGAGUUACAAAUUGAAGGGGACUUCCGCAAUAAGUCAAUCCAGGUCUUCGAUAGCCAUCAAGUUCAUACAGAAAAGGUUGUUGUAAAGCACGCUUCAACCAAGAAACAUAUCCCUCACAAGCAAAUUCCAGAAUCAAAUACAGAUGAUGAAAGCUCGGAUCUCGAAGAUGCCAUUCAUGCGAAGCACGCUCGAAGCCGUAAGCCUUCGUCUAAGAAGCACGUUGCCGCUAGGCAUAUCCCAGUUGAAUCCGACUCGGAGGAAUGUUCGGACCCUGAAGAGGUUGUUGCUAAGAAAAAGCACAUUCGCGCCAAGCACGCCUCGGGCAAAGAGCGAAAGAAGGCAAAGAAAUUUAUUCCCCCUUCCGAGGAAGCUUCGGAUACUCUUGUAGAGCCUGACACGGAUGACGAAAGUUCUGGAUCUGAAGAAGUCGCUGCUCCAAAGCGUACUAAGAACAAACAUCGCACUUCGAAGAAGCACGCCCCGAUCCGGAAGACGGCUAAGAGAACAGCAAAGCCCGCCCCUCCUCCUAGUAGCGAUUCAGAUUCUUCACAAGGGGAGUCUAGUACUGAAGAGGAUGAAGUCGUUGCCCCUCAACACUCUCGCAACAAGAAGAAAGCUCCAACCAAGCAUACUUCAACCAAAAAGAAGGCUUCUAGUAAAAGGAUAAGGAAGAUAUCUAAACAUGUAUCUCCUCCUUCAAGCGAGUCCGAUUCAACUGAAGAAGAAUCUGAAGAGGCAGAAGAGGAAUCAGAAGAGGAUAGCUCCGAUGCUGAAGAGGUCGCUGCUGGAAAGGAACUCAGGGGGGACUUGGAAACCAUCCAAAUGGAUGGUUACAGGGACGAUGAUUGGACCGUCCAUGAAGAUGGCAUAAUCUGCUUCAUGAAGGCGAAAGGUAGCUCUUCACGAAAGAUAGCCCAAGAGCUUGAGCGGGAAGUAUCAGAGGUCCAAAUACGCAUACAGGAGAUCAUGGAACUGGCCGAGGAAGGCGGGCUUACAAUCGAGCGUCUUGGUGAGAUCUACACUCAGGAUGUGAAGAAGAACAUGAAAAAGAGAAAGGAAGAUGCCAAGUCAAAACAUCAAGCCUACGCAGAGACUGUCGUCGAUGACUCUGAUGAUGUGGAGCACAAGACAAAUGGUAAAGACAAGGGAAAGGGGUCUGGAUCUGUUCACUCUUCAUCUUCCUCAUCCUCCUCUGAGUCCGACCUUUCCUACGCAACGUUCCCUCCUAUAGUCGUGCCAGCACGUGAUCGCCCCGAUAUGAUGCACACACUGUCACGUCUGUAUCCCAAUCAGAAAGUCUUCUACCCAGACAGCAACUUCAGCGUCCAGGACUGCCGCGCCCUCGCCAUUGCCGAGGCGCGGUACCGCGGCCAACAGUAUGGCUGCAUUCAGAAUGAAUUCGCCAACCUUACAGGGCGGUACUUGGAUACCGAGGUGCUGAGGGCCAAGCUUGCUCAGGGUAUAAACCCUUACGAUGAGACAUACAUAAACUGGGGUGGUUACCGGCAUUAUUAG